CCACGGUGCAUACGGAACGCUAGCGCUCCUAGUACGCAGCGGUAUGCGCGGCCGCGACCGGUUUUCGUCGGGCGAGUGGAACAACUUACGACGGUUGGACCGCGGACGAAAUGACAAAUAGUGAAAUAGAGCUUAGUCAUACAGUCAUAGUGUAAAUGUAAUGUGCCCGUGUGCGUACUUCCUAAUCGAGUGUUAUUUUCAUCGCCCAUCGGUAAUCGGUAUAUUAUAAUUAUAAACAUUGUAAGUUCUAAACAGUUCCUAGAAGCACGUAACUUACGACAAACGGACCACGGACGAAAUUACAAAUAGAGCAUAGUCAUAGUGUAAAUAUAGUGUGCCUGUGUGCGUACUUCCUAUCGAGUAGUGUUAUUGUCAUCACCCAUCGGUAAUCGGUAUAUUAUAAACAUUUUUUCAUAAAAAUAAAAGACAAUGGCAACAACGUAUUCUAUUGUACAUUUUUAUCAAGAUAAUAGUGUAGCAGCCGUCCCAAAAUUUUGGUAUUCGGUUAAAAAUGGUACUUGCGCAUGGCCAAAGAAACCACACAAUCCCAAAAAAUUGAUUGCGCUUCACAGCAUACCAAACAAAAUGGAAUAUGAUUUUUUUGAAGCGAGAGUAAUGAGCUCAGGAAUUGAAUCCUUAACAGUUGCUCAAGCAAAGGCUAAAAAAGCAAUGUAUAUUUCAGAUAUUGAUGAAGAUGAUGUUAAACCUAAAACGAAAAAACUAAAACCAUCAAUUAAUUGCCCUGUUUUUUCAGAAAAUGAUAUUGGUCUUGAUGAUGUGUCUCAAAAGUCUGUACUUAUCCCUGAAGUUAAUACUGAGAAAUGUAACUAUUAUAGUCAACCCACUUCAUCAUAUGUGAAGUCUUAUAAUGUUGAUAAAUCACAUGUUACAUUGAGUGGUUGGUCACCAUCUCAAAAAGCUACUGAUAAAGAAAAAUAUAUUAGCUCUGAUAAUAUAUCUGAAAAUAUAGAAAUUGAUUCUAAGAAAUGGAACUUUGAUCAACCAUCUUCACAUGGGAAGUCUUUUGUUGAUAAAUCACCUGCUUUAAUGAGUGGAUGGUCCCCAUCUCCUAGAAAAGCUGCUAUAGCUAAUAUUAAACUAGAAGCAGGAUGCAAAAGAUAG